ACGUAGGCGGUCUGCAUUUUACUGUAGUCUGUAAUCUAACAAGUUUGGUUGUACCAAGACGCACACUGGGUUGUACAUUUUAAAUCUAAACUACAUAAUAUAUUUUGACUGUAUUUUUUAAAAAGUAACUCAAUCUAAAUGGCUCCUUUAGAGUCAACUAAUAACAACAACAAUGAGGAACCUGGCCCAAUAAAUCCAAUUGUGGGAAUUAUUUAUCCACCACCAGAGGUGAGAAAUAUUGUCGACAAAACUGCAAGUUUUGUUGCUAGAAAUGGUCCAGAAUUUGAAGCUCGUAUUAGACAAAAUGAGUUAGGAAACCCUAAGUUUAAUUUUUUAAACAGUGGGGAUCCUUACCAUUCCUACUAUCAACAUAAAGUUAAAGACUUUAGGGAAGGAAAAGUUGCGUAUGCACAAAUUGACUGGCAUGAGUUUGUAGUCGUCGAAACUGUUGACUACCAACCCUUCGAAAUUGGAAAUUUUCCGGCUCCAACUACCCCUGAAGAAGUCGGAGCCCGUAUUUUAAUUCAAGAGAGGAUAGAAGAAGGGGAAGAUAUCGAAAUGCAAUUAGAGAGUGAUGAGGAAGAACCACCAGUUAUGGAAGCUGGUUUAAGCAGCAUGCAGGACAAAACCAAUCGGAAGACACGCGACGAUACCAGAAUUCAAGAUAUGGAAGAAGAAAGCUCCGAUGAAGAAAAAGAAGAAGAAGAGGAAUUAGCUUUACCUCCACCACCACCAUCUAUUCAACCACCGUUACCUCCUAUUCCUGAUAAAGUUGUCGUGAAAAAAUAUGAUCCCAAACAAGCUGUCAAUGUUAGUCGGCCAACAAUUGGAGAUGACUUUCUCGUCUCACCCAUUACUGGAGAGAAAAUACCUGCGAACAAAGUCCAGGAACAUAUGCGUAUUGGUCUGUUGGAUCCGCGUUGGGUAGAGCAGCGCGACAAACAAAUAACGGACAAAAUGAACCAAGAAACAGUAUAUGCUGCUGGUAGUGCCAUCGAUGCUUCAUUGAAACUGCUCGCCGAGAGACGUACUGAUAUUUUUGGAGUUGGAGAUGAAGAAACAGCUAUUGGUAAGAAGAUUGGUGAAGAAGAUGUUAGAAAAGACGAGAAGGUAACUUGGGAUGGGCAUACGAGUAGCGUUGAAGCCGCUACAAGAGCUGCCAGAGCCAAUAUCACCUUGGAGGAACAAAUUCAUCAAAUACACAAGGUAAAGGGUUUGCUUCCUGAUGAAGAAAAGGAGAAAAUCGGUCCAAAGAAUAUUGGUUCAAAAUCUGGUAAAAUCAACAUUCAAAGCGUAAUUACUACGAAGCCGCCUACUUCACUUCAACCCAAACCGCCAGUCUCUUUAAUUCAAACCCAAGCAACUGCGUCGCUAAUAUCGGUACCACCACAACCUAUGUUACCACCUCAACCUCCCAUUAUGAUGAUGUCAGCUACAUCUAUGCCUCCCAUUAGACCACCUCCAAUAAUGAUGACAGGACCUCCUCCAAUACCGGGUUUUCCUGUAGCACCAAUGUCCUCACCUAUGGGUCCACCUAUGAAUCUGUCCCCAAUGAAACAUCAGGCUGAAGCACCUCACGAAGAUGAACCGAGUAACAAAAAAAUGAGAAACGAAGAUUCGCUUAUACCGGAAAAACUAUUUUUAGCAAGACAUCAAAGCCAAGUAGCUAUCAAGAUUUCGAUUCCACAUAUGCCAGAAAAAUCAGAAUGGAAACUGACGGGUAAGAUGAUUUCGUGGACUGUACCACUUGCCGAAUCUGUAGCGAAUUUGAAGGCGAAACUGCAAGAAGAAACUAACAUGCCUCCAGCUAAACAGAAGCUCUUUUUUGAUGGUAUGUUCUUUAAGGAUUCCAACAGUUUAGCAUACUACAACGUGACUACUGGUUCAAUCAUUCAGCUACAGAUUAAAGAGAGAGGAGGAAGGAAAAAAUAAUAUGAUUUAUAUUUAUUUAGUUACUAACCUCAGUAUAUUAUGAAUAAUAAAUUGAAUCAAAUAAUAAAUGGUCUUUCGCCAAAA